AUGGCGCUCGCAAAGCUCUUCUCGUCCGGCCUUUUGUUCGCCUCCCUCGCCGCCUCCAAGUGGAUUGUCCCUGGCGGCAGAUGGCGUGACAACGAGGGGAAUCUCGUCAACGCCCACGCCGGCGGUGUCACGCUCGACAAGGACACGGGCAAGUUCUUCUGGUUCGGCGAGUACAAGAUUGAGGGCCAGGAGGAAGGUGGCGGUGUCUCCGUCUACAGCUCCGAUGACCUUGCGACGUGGGAGUUCCAUGGCAAAGCGCUCGAGCCUAUCGAGGGCCACCCGUAUAUCUCGACCAACAUGAUUAUCCAACGCCCCAAGGUCGUCUACAGCGAGCCCACCAAAGAGUACCACGUAGGUCAUUUCUCGAACUCGAAAUCAACAUGGCUUCAGAGCACUAACUCGUUCCAGAUGUGGUGGCACGCCGACAACUCGACGUACGGCCUCCUCCUCCAAGGCCUGGCCACCUCACCCAACAUCUCUGGCCCCUACACCUUUGUCGACGCCACCGCGCCCCUCGGCAACUGGUCCCAGGACUUUGGCAUCUUCACCGACUACAAGGACGGACGCUCCUACUCGCUCUACUCCAACGGCGACCGCCGCGAGGGCCGCGACGUCUACAUCUCGGCCUUUAACGAAGACAUCACAAACGUGACCGAGGUCGUCCACCGCUUCGACAAGUACGACCUCGAGGCCCCGACCAUCAUCCAGACGGACAAGAGCUACUACGCCCUCAUGUCCCACAAGACGGGCUACCGCCCCAACAACGUCGUCGCCUUCCGCGCCGACUCUCUCGCCGGCCCCUGGUCUCAGCCCUUCUUCAUCUCCGACGCCUACACCCGCACGUACAACUCCCAGUCCGGCUUCUCCCUCAAGAUCGAGGGGUCCGAGGUCACGACGUAUCUCUACCUCGGCGACCAGUGGGACUCCAACUCCCUCUGGGAGAGCCGCUACAUCUGGCUGCCCCUCGUCAUCGACGACGAAAAGAAGUCGCUCCACGUGGAAUGGCACGACGUCUACGACCUCGACGUUAAGACGGGCGUCGUCACUCCCAUUGAAGGCACGCCCUACUACGCCCACGACUCCGCCACCACCGCUGGUGCAGCCUUCAGGCAGGAAGCCACCUUUGCCAGCGGCGGCUCCAUCGUGACGGGCAUCUACGGCAACGACAGUACCGUUACCUUUACCGGGAUCCAGGGCGCCGGCGAGCCGCAGUGGGUGUCGUUUUACUACCAGAACACGGACGACAUGGGUUUCGGCGACCAGCCCGGCGGCUCGCCCGAUCGCAUCGGCGGGAAAUGGCAGCUGCGUCGCGUGGCUUCGGUUGUGGUGAACGGCAACGUGCAGCAGGUUGAGACGCUGUUCCAGCGAGACAGCCACAAGGGCAUUAUCCUGUCCACGCCGCUGCAACUGACUCUGGAGAAGAGCGCGAACAACACCAUCACCAUUGGUGGGUUGUGGAACGGCUUUGACUUCAAGGGUGCUGAUAUUGACCGUAUCGUCGUGUACCCUCCCGAGGGCGGCCCUGUGAAGUGCAAGAGGGGCAUUGAGAAUGUCGAGCAACGACUUGAUUAG